AUGAUUUUAAUACCUGGUUAUAAUCCAGGAUAAUUCACAUUAUAAGGAACCAAUACUUAUUUAUUAGGAACAGGAAAGACAAGAAUUUUAAUAGACACAGGUGAAGUUAAAGAACAAUACAAAAUGCAUUUAAAAUAAAUUUUAGAUAAAGAAUAAUGUGAAAUUUCAAUUGUACUUAUUACCCAUCAUCAUUUUGAUCAUAUAGGAGGAAUAUCUUAAGUACUUGAAUUAUGUCCAAAUGCUAAAAUAUACAUAAAUUUAGAUCAUAAUUUAGAAAAUGAUAACCUCUAUCCUUAUAAUCCACUUAAAGAUGGAUAAAUAUUUUAAGUUGAUAAUUCUACAAUCACUGCUAUAUUUUAACCAGGACAUUUUGUUGAUCAUUUUGGUUUCAUAUCCUAUUAAUAAGAUUGGUUUUCUGGAGAUUGUAUGUUGGAGGUCCUUCUUGUUUCAUAGAAAAUGUUAAAUAGAAUUUAUAAAGUAUGUAAAAAAUUGAAAAAAUGAAUAUAUAAUUUAUUAUUUCAUAAUCCUAUAGAAAGACUAUAUAUCCAGGUCAUGGAUAUUCUAUAAUUGAAGGAGCAUAAGAAGCAAUAUAGAAUUAAAUUUAGCAUAGAAAAAAUAGAGAAUAAUAGAUUUAUUAAGCAAUUAAUGGAUAAUCAGUAGAUGAAAUUAUAUUAAUUGUAUAUCCAAAUUUAAAUGAUGCUUAAAUGAGGAAUAUUGUAAAGAUUGCCAUUGAGGCUCACUUAAUUAAACUUAUUGAUGAUAAUCUUUUCAUUUUUAAAGAUAAUUUAUUUUAUAAAUGCUGA